AUGGCAACCGCAGCUUCUUUCGUCGACGCGGGGGACUUUGGCCAUUUCCUGGCCGGUCUUCCUCUCAUCACCGUCGCCAUCACCGUUGUAGUUGCAUACACAGUGUCCAAGGUCAUCUACAACCUAUGGCUUCAUCCGCUUCGUGCAUACCCCGGGCCCUUGCUUGGCCGCGCAAGCAGCUCAUACGUUGCUUUGCUAGAGAUGCGUGGAAACCUACAUCACAAGACCAAAGAUUGGCAUGACCAGUACGGUGAGGUGGUGCGCACCGCGCCUAACAGGCUGUCGUACAGCUCGGGUCAAGCAUGGAAUGAAAUUUGCGGUCAUCGAACAAGUACCCAGAAAGCCGUAUUUGAUAAAGACCACGACUUCUUUAUUAAAGCACCAAAUGGAUACCAGAGUGUCCUGACGGCCAACGGAGAACAACACCGCCGUCUUCGAAGACUUUUGGCCCAUGCAUUUUCAGACAGGGCGCUCCGCGUACAAGAGGCCUGUCUACAGGGCUAUGUCGACCUUUUUAUAUCCCAGCUCCGGAAAACCUGCGCCACCGACAACGGCGUCGUUAACAUGGUGCAUUGGUUCAAUUUCACAACCUUUGACAUUAUCGGUGACCUCGCCUUUGGAGACUCAUUUUCCUUGCUAAAGGGCGGUAAAUGGAAUAGAUAUCUCUCUUCCAUUUUUGGCUUGUUGGAAUAUAAUGCUUUUCAUAGGAUGGCAGUAUCGCUUAUACCAUUGCCAUGGAAACAUUCUAUUGCCAGAAAACUUGCACCCAAAGACACUCUUGAUGACUUUGUUUAUCAAGAGCAGAUUUCGAGAGACAAACUAGACCAUCGAGUAACACUUGACACUGAAAGGCAAGACUUUGUAUACCACAUGCUCAAAGGAUCCAAAGAAACCAUCGGUCCGGACGGUCUCACUUUUGAGGAAAUGGUCGCGCAAGCAAGAGUUCUUAUCAUUGCAGGUAGCGAAACAACGGCCACUUUAUUGUCCGGCAUGCUAUACUACCUUCUCAAGAAUACUUCUGUCCUAGCUCGUCUGGUUGAGGAAAUCCGUACGGCCUUCAGUUCAGAGGAUGAAAUCGAUAUUACAUCCGUCGCCCGGCUUUCGUAUCUUCACGGUGUCCUUGAGGAGUCUCUCCGCAUCUACCCUCCCGUACCAAAUUCUCUUCCCCGUGUAGCUCCUCCAGAGGGAGCUGUUAUCUGCGGCAGAUUCGUUCCUGGAGGCACGUCCCUCGGACUUCAUCACUGGACAAGCUAUCACUCUGAGAAGAACUUUUUCGAGCCAGAAAAGUUCCAUCCUGAACGAUGGCUCGACAACGAGGACCCCCGCUUUAAGAACGACGACAAGGACGCUUUCCAUCCAUUUUCUCACGGCCCAAGAAAUUGUCUCGGAAAGAACCUCGCUUAUGCCGAGUUGAGAUUGAUCGUGAGCAAAUUCUUCUGGAAUUUCGAUGUCGAGUUGCACCCCGAAAGCGACAACUGGGAACAGCAGGAAGCGAACGUGCUUUGGAGAAAGAAGCCGCUGUAUGUCAAGUUGCUCGAGAGAGAAAAGGUCUAA